UAGCGGCCGAAACAAAACCGGGUUGAUAUAAACUGCAAGAUUAGUUUUCGGAGCGAAUGUGCGUGUAGUUCAACCGUAAACUUAUCGUUGGUCCGGGGAAAUUCGUUCGCCACGAGGUCACCUGCAUUCUACGUUCCAGUAAGCUUCUGUCCGGUUUACAACUGAGCCGCACGCAAUGGAGGUCCUGCAACGUUGCUAUCUGUUCGGUGUGCUGGCGCUGACGAUUGCACUAGCGCCUACUUUGACCAGCGGCCAGAUGGGCGAUAUCGCGCGUCCCAUCGAAAGCAAGGAGCUGAAAUGUCUCGUCUGCAAAGCGUCCAUGGCGGAAAUGGAGCUCGCUGCCUCUAAGGUGGACCCAAACAAGAAGGUCGAGGUCGGUGACUACAGGCUCGACACGACCGGUGAAUCGAAAAAGAAGAAAAAGAUUCUCUACGCCAAAUCUGAAAUGUACCUCACGGAGAUGAUGGAGACGGUGUGCGAUCGGAUGGACGACUACGCGAAGGCCCGGUUCAAGAAGACGGGUCGGCCUAUCGUGAUGAAGAUGAUGACCGACGAAGGCAUGAACCCAGAUAUGGCUAACGUAAAUUUCGUGCAGGAAGGCGAUCUCAACAAAACCCUGAAGCAUCUCUGCUUGGAGAUCGUAGAGAACUACGACGAGGACAUCAUCCGGAUGUUCCAGGAGGAGGUCGUGAAAGACACGGAUAUUCGGUUGUGCUCGCAGGUGGCCAAAUACUGCAAAGAGCAGCCAGUUGACGACGAAUACGAAUACGAAGAGCACGAUGAAGCCCACAGUGAGCUGUAAAUGUAAGGGGUUUCUUUUCUUGAACCCAGAAAUACGUCCAUAAAAACUUGUGAUGGAGUUCCGACGGUACUUCCGAUUGCUAAGCGAUCCGGAACCAGUAAAGUAACGACCUUGUUACUGUCGACAUGUUGUUAAUCCUUGCAUCUUGCAAGGGAAUGCAGGGAAUUUUUUUGUAGCAUUUACAGCGCGUAUGAGUACAACAAUACGUAAAGAAUAUAAAUAAAUAAAUAUUUGUACGUUUGUGGAAUUUGUAACAAAGUCGUU